AAAUGCGACAACUUGGGCGUUUUCCGGGAUCAGUUGAGAUCUUGAGUUUGUUUGUGGAGGAGAAAUUAAGACAAAUUAAAUUGAGUCAGUUUUUUAGCUGAAGUCAAUUCGGAUCACAUUAAAGAUGGCACGAUUCGUUGCUGCUCUUUUGGCCCUCGUGGUCGCCGUGUCGGCACAAGACGCCUCUUACCAACAAGGCCUCUCCCUCCACAACCAGCAAAUUCAGGAACAUCUUCGCAAAGAGGCUGAACAACAGAGACAAACUAACCAAUUUGGGGGCUCUUUCCCUCAGCAACAGGCUUACCAACCGAGACAGAACAAUUACGAGGACGAUGGACAAUACCGACCAGAACUGUACUCCAACUCGAUCAACAACAAUAACAACAACUACAACACAUACAGACCAAAUCCAGAACAGGAUUACCAAGCCGGCCUUAAAGCUCAUCAAGAGGCGAUUCAAGCCCACUUGAGAAAAGAGGCUCAAUAUCAGCCACAAACGCUUCACGGAGGUGACCCAGCUUAUCAACAAGGUCUUCAAGUCCAUCAGAGACAGCUCCAGGACCACUUGGCCAAGGAACAAGCUCACGGUGGACCAGCAUACUCUGCCCCUCAACAGACUUAUCAACCAGCUUAUCAACAGCCUCAAGCUCAUCAAGCGGGAUCUUUGACUUAUCACAACCCUUCACCCAACACUAACUCUGAUUACGAAUAUGGAAUUCAACUUCACAACCAACAAUUAGCCCAGCACAAGAGAAACGAGCAAGAACAGCAGAGCCAGGUCAGCCAGGCCUCCCAGUUCCACGCCUCCCACCCACAACAAAGGGCUUACUACCAGCCACAAGCCAAUUCUUACCAGGCCCAGCAAACUAACUCUUACCCACUCAACAGACCAAGUUCUGGAAAAGUGUCGCUGGCUAAUUUGGGAUUUUAGACAAAGGAGGCGAAAAGCUGCUGGAGAUUAAAAAUAUUUUUUGUACUGUUAAUCUAUUGUUCUUGGGGGAGUCGUCUUUAACUGAAUAAAAAACAUAAACUUUAAGUAAUUGCA